AUGCCUCCGCUGUCGAUUCCCCCGCUCAUCACGUCCUUGAUUGGAUUUUUUGGUACCCAGGGGUUGCCUUCUUCUACUGCGGCGGUCCCUUCCGCCCCCGCCACUUGUGGGCUGACCUUUGACGGACGCAUUCCGCAAGUGGCCACGCCCAAGACGUUUACGACCGACAAGAGCCCCUUCAAUCCCAAGUACGUGCUCGGUAAUAACGUCACAUGGGAUCAGGUUAUAGAGUUUCCCAACAUCUCUCAGUCGCGGUUUGAUAAGCAGGCCAAUACCAAGCCGGUAGGCCUAAGUCUAUCCGACAAGUCCGUCUUCCUAUCCGGCAGCGAGGGCCUAGAGACGAAGCUCCGACGCACCGAGCUGCUGGUCAACAAUCGCAACGACACCGUAUCAGGCCAUGUGACGUGGCACCUGUCUCUCCGGACAGACCCCAGCCGCCCUCUCAACUACUCGCACGAGUACGUCCUAGCCUUUCAAGAGGCCCAGGACUACCAGGCCGACUUUUGGAGCCUCAAGGUCGGAGCGCCGCUGCUGUCGCCGCUCGGAACCCCACCGGACAAGGUGGUCCGGCUCGACGGUUACAAGUGGGAUGAUCCGGUAAAGACUUUUUUCCAGACGCCGUUGACGGACGAUGUUUGGCAUAACUUCGGGAUCGGGUUGGAUUACGACAAAAACCUCAUUUCCCUCCUCUAUAGCACAAACGAUGACCCCCUGAAGCUGGUCGUACCCGCAACCACCAAUAACCUCUCGGGCAAGGCACCCACCACCCUCGGCGAGACGCACUUUGGCCUGCAGAAGCGGCCGGUCGGGGCCAACCUGGAGAACUUUUUGUUCAACGGCUCGCAGCCCAGUGGGAUCAACGAGGGGUUCUUUUUCGGCGGCAUCUUCCAGGACAACUCGGCGAAUGGGUGCGUUACUGCGUGAAAGAAAAAAAAAAAAAAAAUUCGCUCCCCCCAUAAUUCUUUUUUAUCAGACGGACGCAAGCAUAAAAAAGGCUCUCACUGCGGCUCUGCCCCUUGAGCACCUACCUACCUUGCAAAAAAAGGGGGGUUUUGGGCAAAGGUUUCUCUAAUCUUGAAUAGCCCGCUCCCCCUCCAGCUGUGGUGGUAUAAAAAAAAAGCAAGGGACGCCAUUUAUAGAGCUGCUUUUCUGUAACUUCAGAUGAAGAAGCCGUGGGGUUUUGCUUUCUAUUCGAGCCAGGCAAGUUUUGUGUUAUUUCGGUGUCAAUCUGGCGCGGGCGGGUCUAACUCUCUGAGCCGUCUGAUCCAUAUUACAUGUUUGCCACUCCUGUAAACUAUUAAUAUAGGGGCGAAUUUCUAAACUACAUAACCGCUUAUUUUAGCUUGCAAAUGGUAUCUUUUGGCGA